UAAGUCAAAUGCCGCGCUGGGGAAGUCAAAAUCCAAUCAUGACAUAAAUUGACUAGAAAUUGACAAGUGGAGCCAUGUUGACAGAUUUAGGCAAUUUUAAGGUCAUUGGAGGCAUGGAGACAGAUUUAGGUCAUUUUAAGGUCAUUGGAGGCAUGGCGACGGAUUUAGGUCAUUUUAAGGUCAUUGGAGGCAUGGUGACAGAUUUAGGUCAUUUUUAGGUCACUGGAGGCAUGGCGACCUUUAUUACUUAAUUUACGGCAGCAGAUAUUAGCCGAUUUUGAGGGGUGCUAAUAAUGUGUGUGCAUACUGUAUUGUUCCGAGUCUCAAUUUUGCUCAUAACCGGUUCUAACUUCACAGACGUAUUGAGAAGGGGCAAAGCUAAAGUGAGGAAUAUUUCAGUUGCUGAUUUUCAAUGUCAAUAUUGAAUUUGAAUAUCCAUUUUCCGUUAUCUGUAUUUAUGUUUUAUGUUACGGGAAACAUAAAAUAAACAUACUGCUGAUCUGAAAAUGUCAUUUAAAAACGAAGAAAGUUGUUCUUUAACCAGAACGUCCUCAAGUAAUGGUCGAGUAUUAGACAAUAGAAUAUUGGAUCGUCAUUUCAUUCCAUCGGAAAUCAUGGAGCGCGUCUCUCUUUUGUACCGGGCCGUAGAGGCGCAUGAUGAAAGCAGUGUCAAGUCGAUUUUGACAUUAUAUGAUGACCUCGACACAAACUGCCUCCUGCCUGGAUGGUCAAUGCCCCUUCUCCACUUUGCCGUUGGGCUAAGCAAUAAUUCCCCAGAAAUUGUACUCUUGCUGUUGGAAAAGGGUGGUGAUCCGAACAAUCUCACCACUGAGGAUAACGUGUCACCGAUGCAUCUCAGCGUCAUUUACGACUAUGAACACGUUCUUCAUGUGCUGAUGAGAAAUGGGGGGAAUGCUACAUUGGUGAACGGAGAUGGGAAAAGCUGCUACGAUUUGGCCAAGGACAAUGUGGAAGAGGAAAUGAAGGAGAGAUGUUUUCUCUAUUUUUACAAGAAGUCGGUCGACUUUCGAAAAUCUAUUAAACCAUCGGACAGUGUGGUGAAGGCGUGGAAGGAUACUCAUCCAGACAGCAGUAUUAUCAGUUUCUCGAAUAAUUCUUCCAGCGCGGAUGAGUUUAUCACUUGCGAGAGUAGUGAUAGCGAGCCGUCAUCAAUUCAUUUAAAACCAGUGGACGCUACAGAAAGUAUCAAUAUCUCUGCAGAACAAAAAAAGUUAUGGAACAAGUUUUCUUAUUUGAUGACGGAAGAUGAAUCCGAGCAGGACAGCAGUCGAGACGAUAAUGGCAAACUGUCUACAAUUGAAGAGGAAUCCGCAUUAUCCAUUUCAUACCAGCGAAAAUUGGGAUAUGAAGAAACUAAAGAGUGCACUAUUGGAUUGUUUGAUGAAAGUAAUUAUCCAAUGUCUCCUCCCACAUUCGCAACAACACCAAAUCCAGCCUUCUCUGACAGUUCUUCAGUUUCCUCAACAGCGACAGAGAUUGCUGAUUCUACUCCCCCGAUUCUACCUCCACCAAGUAAAACGGACAUGAUAAAGUUGCAAACUACGAUGAAAGAUUCACAAAUUCCACCAUCCAGCGUCCCCGUUACAAAGUCCACGUAUCAAGUUCUCAACAGACUGGCAAAUCAAUCGCAGUUAACAAAAGUUCUUGCCCCAAAACCAGGAACCUGUAAUUUCAGCUCAGAAUUAAAACAAGCAAUCACAGAUCUUCAUGUUAUCGACGAAUGGGGAAAUUUGAAAAUAGAUUUGCUCCAAAGUUAUUCCACUCCGUCUAAAAAGAGCAAGUCAUUUUACAACUAUUUACUACUAGACCCAAAGAUCACAAAAAAGGCCAACUUUUCAGGGACGCAUUUAAAAUCUGAUAUAAUUAAGAAUCCAGAAAAGUUUGAAGCCUUUUUAAAAUCUAUAUUUUAUAUUGGGAAAGGGUGUGGAAAACGACCCAUCCAGCAUCUUGUGGAUGCCAAGGAAAAGUAUGGGAGUGGGAGAAAAGUGUUGACUGGUUUUGGGGAAAAGCUUGAUAGGAUUCUCAACAUUUGGAGUUCAGGUCUGGGAGUAAUUGUUGUUAGCGUUUUCCAUCAUUCGUCAGAAAGAGAAGCGAAUGUAAACGAAGCAUCAAUGAUUGAUGCUGUCGGUCUUGUUGAGCUCUCCAAUAUUAAGAAGGGAAGCUAUGCGGGGACAUUGACGAGCACUUGGUCUCAAAAAUCUAAAAAUCAACUUGGAACCUUUCUAUUGUACAAAGCCUUUUGUGCCUUUACUGUCAGUGAACACAAGUCUUUCCAUGCUCAAGAUGUCUAAUUGUAUAUAGUGUAGGUAUGUAAUAAGUUAACCAAUUACUCAUUAUGAUUGACUCGCAAAUAUUUUAUUUUUGAAUGUUUUCUACUUUCUCUUUCUCGAUAUAUAUAAUUUCAAAGUUCCCAUUUUUGUGAAUACAGAUAAAUAUUCAAGAAGAUAUAAAUUUAUAAGGUAAAAUGCAAUGCAAUAGAUGGAUAUGCUUUAAUUUUGAAUCAUGAAGUGUUAGUUGCUGUAAAUUUGUGUUCUCUUGUAUGACAAUUAUUAAUCAAAGACACUAAAUUAGUAGUACUGAUUCCACGAGAUUAUAUGAGCACGUUUAAAUGAACAAAAAAUUAAACAGAAAUUUAAGGAUAAGAAUAACAAUGUUUUAUUGCAAGAAAAGAGAAAAAUA